CAAACGCUUGCAAUCUUGAUGUGACGCUUUGGAAUCAACAACGGGAUUAACGCCCCGGUGUGAUUUUGAAGCAACACCUUCAAGUGCCGGGUUGAUAUUUGUUGUUUUUUUGAACUUUGGUCGCGCCGCCCACAAUAUCGGGGCUGUAUAAAUAGACCCGAGUUUCUUACUUUACAGUCAGAACUAGAACAAGGAGCAUUAGACCAAGAUACUUACUUUAACGCUUCAUAAUGCAAGGCAACAGCGCGCGACUGGCGGCACUGGUGCUGCUGGCACUGGGCCCGGGCUGCCUGGCGGGCAGGAUCCUGUGCCUGGGCAAGUCGUCCUGGAACUCGACUGAGCUGCUGCCGCACCCGGGCUCGUGCGCCCUGUACCUGGUGUGCGACCACGGAGCGCCCGUCGUGGCCAAGUGCCCUCAGGGGCUGCACUUCAACCGCGACCUGCAGGUGUGCGACUGGCCGCGAGCCGCCGGCUGCAUCGAGGCCAUGAGGCUCCAGCACGCGGCCGAACAAUCCGAAGAGAAUUCCGAACAAGAAGAAGAACACGAGCAGAAGCCGGAAGAACACGAGCAGAAGCCAGAAGAACCCGAGCAAAAGCCGGAAGAACACGAGCAGAAGCCGGAAGAACCCGAGCAAAAGCCGGAAGAACACGAGCAGAAGCCGGAAGAACCCGAGCAGAAACCUGAAGAACCUGAAGAACCUGAAGAACAGACGCAAGGAACGGAUCAACAGCCCCAGCAGGAGCAGACGACGCCGGAGCAAGCCGCCACCAUCACGGGCAACCCGUAGUUUACCCGCAGGUUUUAAAAAAUUCUCUUUCUCGACACUGGAAUGCCGUUCAUUUAGUCGAGAGAGAGAGAGCUUUUUUUCCACCCAGCUAGGAAUCAUCGAUUGGCAAAUUUUGUGGAACCUACGCACGUUAAAAAAAAAGUGUUUUUAUAUUAAAAUAAGAUUUGUAUAAAUAAGCAUUUUAUAAAUAAAACAAAUAUCUUUGAUAAAAAAAAUAA